UCUCAUAUCGUAAUUUGCACCAACAUGCAAGCUAGCGCCGUUGCCCGCCGUGUCCUCCGUCCUUUCCUGCGCAAGACGUCCGCCAAUGCCGCCGCCCGCGCUAUGAGCUCCAAGGUGCCGACGCACCUGCCCUUGUCGUUCUUGUCGGAAGAGGAACUCAUGUUUCAAGACGCGGCAACGAAAUUUGCGCAGGAUGUGUGCCUGCCCAAAGUUAGCAAGAUGGACGCCGACGGCGAAAUGGACAAGGAAAUCACCCAAGGCAUGUUUGACAACGGCUUCUUCGGGAUUGAAAUCCCGGAAGAGUACGGCGGGUCGGGCGCGUCCUUCAUGAAUGUAUGCUUGACGAUUGAAGCUCUGAGUCGCGUGGAUCCCGUCGUGGGUCUCCUCUGUGACUUGCAGAACACGGUCGUGAACAACGUGUUCGUGAACUACGGCACGCCCGAACAAAAGCAAGAGUACUUGCCGCGCUUGGCCACGGAAAUGAUUGGAAGCUUUUGCUUGUCCGAGGCCGGGUCGGGCAGCGACGCGUUUGCACUCAAAACCCGCGCCGACCUGUCCGCGGAUGGCAGCUACUACACGUUGAACGGCCAAAAGAUGUGGAUCUCCAACUCCGAGUACGCUGGCGUAUUUCUCGUCUUUGCCAACAUCGACAUGGCCAAGGGGUACAAGGGCAUCACGUGCUUCAUCGUGGACCGCGACACGGAAGGGCUCGAGAUCGGCAAGCCCGAAGACAAGCUCGGCAUCCGCGCGUCGUCCACGUGCCCUGUGUACCUGACCAACGUCAAGGUCCCCGCAGACAAAAUCCUCGGCGAAGCGGGCAAAGGAUACAAGAUUGCGAUUUCGACACUGAACGAAGGACGUAUUGGAAUUGCAUCUCAGAUGCUUGGCCUCGCCCAGGGCGUGCUGGAUCAGACCGUGCCCUACUUGUACGAGCGCAAGCAGUUUGGCGUGCAUAUUGGCGACUUCCAGGCGAUGCAGCACCAGCAGGCCGAGAUCGCUCUGGAUAUCGAGACCGCGAGGCUGUUGGUGUACAACGCGGCGCGGCUUAAGGACGUGGGCGAGCCGUUCGUGAAGAACGCGGCCAUGGCCAAGCUGCAUGCAUCGCGCGUGGCGGAGCGGUCGGCGUCCAAGUGCAUCGAGCUUCUUGGCGGCGUCGGGUUUACCAAGACUCUGCACGUGGAGAAAAUGUGGCGCGACUCCAAGAUUGGCGCCAUCUACGAAGGCACAAGCAACAUGCAGCUCACGACUAUUGCCAAGAUUCUCAAGGACGAGUACAAGGCAUAGAUAGGUAGCUAAGGCAACCAACAACCCACCCAAGGAGCAUCACAAGUAUAUAGAACCAUACUUAGUCCUAUAUAGAACCAUACUUAGUCCUAUAUAGAACCAUACUUAGUCCUAUAUAGAACCAUACUUAGUCC